GUUCCCACGUACUCUGGCGGACUCAAUUUCCCAGCGCGCACCGCGAGGCCCGCGAGCACUUCCGGUUCUGAGCUCUGCAAGUCCCAGUCCGGCUCGGCCGCGCUCAGGGAGAGGCCGCCAUGUCCCUGCCCGAGUGGCACAUCGCAGUGAAGCUGGCGGAGCAGCCGCUGGCUCCCAAAUCCAUCCUGCACCUCCCGGAGACGGAGCUGGGCGAGUGCCCGCUGGGCGGGUGCAGCAUCUCCCACCUCAAGCAGCUCAUCACCGGGAAGCUGCAGGAGUCCAUCCCGGACCCCGAGCUCAUCGACCUGAUCUACUGUGGCCGGAAGCUGAGGGAUGACCAGACCCUGGAUUUUUAUGGCAUCCAGUCCGGCUCCACCGUCCAUGUCCUGCGCAAGUCCUGGCCCGAGCCUGAUCAGAAACCAGAGCCCGUGGAUAAGGUGGCAGCAGUCCGGGAAUUCCGUGUUCUGCACACUGCUCUGCACAGCAGCCCUGCCUACAGAGAUGCAGUCUUCAAAAUGCUGGGAAACAAGGAGUCGCUGGAUCAGAUCAUUGUAGCUACUCCUGGCCUCAGCAGCGACCCUGUUGCUUUGGGAGUCCUGCAGGACAAGGAUCUCUUUUCAGUGUUUGCAGACCCCAACAUGUUGGACACGCUGAUCCCAGCUCACCCUGCCCUUGUGAAUGCCAUUGUCCUUGUCCUGCACUCAGUGGCUGGCAGCACCCCGCUCCCAGCCCCGGAGACAUCCUCCCGAGCCAUGUCCUCUGGCUCCUACCGGGACAUGCCAGGUGGCUUUCUCUUUGAAGGUCUCUCUGAUGAUGAAGAUGAUUUCCACCAGAGCACCAGGUCCACACCAUCCAGCAGCACUUCAGGCUCCCGCCCGGCUUCCCUGGGCUACACGGGGGCUGCGGGACCCCGGCCCAUCACCCAGAGUGAGCUGGCGACCGCGCUGGCGCUGGCCAGCACCCCGGAGAGCAGCUCCCACACACCCACCCCUGGCACCCAGGGUCAUUCCUCUGGGACAUCCCCGAUGUCAUCCAGUGUCCAGUCGGGAACACCCAUCACCAAUGACCUGUUCAGCCAGGCCUUACAACAUGCCUUGCAGGCCUCAGGGCAGCCCAGUCUGCAGAGCCAGUGGCAGCCACAGCUCCAGCAGCUGCGAGACAUGGGAAUACACGAUGAUGAACUAAGUCUCCGAGCCCUGCAGGCCACUGGGGGGGACAUUCAGGCUGCCCUGGAGCUCAUCUUUGCUGGUGGGGCUCCCUAAAUUUUUGUCUGGACUGAGACAAGACCUCAGGACUUUGUCCAGCAUGGAGAAAGGAAGAGGUGGCUUUGUGUUGGAGAGAUGUGGCCCCUUCAGUUCUGCAAUCUUUGGUCUGUCUACACAUUGUCCUGCCUGUUGUUUCAUUCCUGCCCACCUGAUAUGCCUCAGUUCACCUCUCUGUGCUCUCUCUGUAUUAAAUGGGCUGUAUUCCUUUGCCUG